GUGCUUCCAGUGAAAGCUCAGGAAUUCUACCUUCAACUUUUUUCCUGCUAAAAAGUUCUUGUUAGUUACUUGUUUGUUUGUUUGAGUUCCAUUCCAGAACAUUAUGGUUUCUCCAACUCUAACCAUUAAUCAAUGAGGCAUUGGUGCCCCCCUUUCUAGUAUAUCUACCUUCUGAUAAACUCUAGAUGAGAUAUACUGCAUCUAAACUGGCGCCUCAACAACGGCUUUGAAAAGUACCUCAGAGAUCUCUGUCCUUUUAGAAGUUUGUCUCCACCCACCUCUAUACUAAAGAUGGACCUAAAACUAAAAAAUCCUGAGUUCUGGUACAGUUUCCAUGGCCAGAUCCCAGGGCUGCUGGACUGGGACAUGGGAAAUGAGUUCUUCCUUCCUUGCACCACAGACCAGUGCCCCUUAGCUGAGCAGAACCUUGCCAAAUACAGACUUCAAGUAAUGGAGACUCCAGAAGUACCUCAAGAGAGAGGAUCCAGUCCUGGAAAAGAUCAUCCUAACUCUGAACCCAACCUGUGGAUGUGGGUGAAUCCCAACAUUGCAUGCUCCCUUGACAGCCAGGAGACCCCAGAGCCCAGUAAGAAAAAGGAUCUGGCACACAUACUUCUUUCUCCUCAGCUACUCGCAAAAGAUGAAGUAUCUAACUGCUCAGAGGCCACAGUGAUGCAGUCCCUGCCAUCUUCCUCCAGCAAGCAAUCUCCCCUACAGAAGCAGAUCACCUCUUUCUCCAAUGACAAGGAACGCACAGAAGAUGAGACCAAGGAAAAAAAUAGCAACUCCUCUGUGACCCUCCAGUCCCCAAACAAAGGGGAGUGCUUCCAGAGCCAGAAGCUAUGGCAAGGCAACAGCCAAGAGAGGAAGUCCUGGCCUCGUCCCCCCCUCAAUUAUAGUCACCUAAUUGCUCUGGCACUUAGAAACAGCCCUCCCUGUGGCCUCAAUGUGCAAGAGAUCUACAGUUUCACCCAACAGCAUUUCCCCUUUUUCUGGACAGCUCCAUAUGGGUGGAAGAAUACCAUCCGCCACAACCUCUGCUUCCUGGACAGCUUUGAGAAGGCGCCAGUCAGCCUUGAGGAUGGGGCCAGUGCAAGGCCAAGGUCUGGCCUCUGGAGGCUUACUAAGGAGGGACACCGCCGCUUUCAGGAGGAGACUCGUGCCUUAGCCUCUGCUAGAAGAGAGAGUAUUCAACAGUGCAUGAGCCAUCCGGAUGUUAUGACUUCCCUCUUUGACCUUUGAACAACCACUGCUCCCUUUCUGGAACACUACCACCCUUACUGUGGCUACCUAUGCACUGAUUGGCCCUCAUUAAUCCCUAAGCCCACUCUGCCUGGUAGGUGCCAAGCCUGUAUUUAACUACUGCUUCAAGAAUGGUAUUAACAAAAAAGUGAGGGGUGGAUACAGAGAAGGAGGCAAAAGCUUAGAAAGUUGCAUAAGGGCAGUGGCAGUUAUUCUGCAUUUUGAGCACAAGGAAAUCUUAGGAAAAACAGCAUGGAAGUUAAGGAGAGAAGAACAUAUUAAAUGAGAAAAGGAAUUCUGUUUCCUGGAGAGUAUUCUCACACAUGAAAGCAAAUUGUGGAGUAUAAAACAUCAAAUUCAAGAUGGAGUCAGACCUUUAAGUCUCAAAUACCGUGUGAAGAUAUAUAAGCAUAAAGAGAACUGGGUUUGAUGUUUGAAGCCUGAAGAUUCAAAUGUUCCCCUUCUACCAUUCAUCAGCUACAUCUCCUUUUUCAGUGAACCAUUUGACCCUUUAGGGCCUUUUUCCUUUUUUUGAUCCUGGACUUCUCAGCCUUGUUCUGUUGCCAUCCACCUUCAGUACUGAAAAAUAAUUCCAAGCAGAUACGUUUUUAGUUUGGAUAUUGAAAGUCCUUGAAUUGAGCUUGUAUUAACCCCAAGCCUUCAGUUGUC